AUGCCCGUGGUGAACUGCCGCGGCCAGCCCGAGUGCUGCAUCGACGGCGAGUGGGACGACUGGGCCGACUGGGGCGCGUGCAGCGCCAGCUGUGGCAGCGGCACGAAGAGCAGGCAGCGAGUCCUGGCCGUCCGGGAGACGUGGUGCGGGAAGCCCGCCCGCGGCUCCGGCGUGGAGUACGCCGGCUGUAGCGCGGAGGGCUGCAGCGGUGACGAGGACUGCGCCUUCGGCGCCUGGUCGGAGCCCUCCGCGUGCUCGGCCCCCUGCCGCGGCCACCGGGUGCUGAAGCGCGCCAUCGUGGUGAACGGAUCUGGCUCUGGGGCGAUCUGCGAAGGAUCCACGGAGAUGAUCGAGAGGUGCAACCCUGCGGAGGGACAGGACGAGCCGUACAGCUGCCGCAAUGCCCCCUCGGCGGGCGAGAACACGAAGCAGGACUGCGUGAUGAGCGGCUGGACCGAGUGGUCCUCCUGCUCCGCCACCUGCGAGAGGGGCUACCGGACGCGCUCCCGGCACGUCAAGGUCAACCCCGGCAACAGCGGCACGCAGUGCCCCAGCGCCCUGCAGGAGAUCGAGACCUGCAACAAGGGAACCAGCUGCUUCGACAUCACGAACUGCCAGUGGGGCGACUGGACGCCGUGGAGCGACUGCGACGACAGGGUCCACGUCAUCACGCGCUCACGCGGCAUCGCGGUGCCCCCGGGCGCCGGGGGGCUGCAGUGCCAGGGCCCCGUGACCGAGACCUCGGCGUGCGAGACCCCGUGCGAGGAGAGGAACUACACCUGCCACUGGGGCCAGUGGGCGCCGUGGAGCGAGUGCUCGACCUCGUGCGGGUCGGGUGGCACACGAGAGAGGACCCGCAGCAUGGCGCUGCGCGACGACAGCGCCGACGACGGCGCCGACGACAGCGCCGACCCGCCGACGACCUCAGAGGCCGCCGCAGAGGCGCCAGCGCCGCAGGAGCCCGCCGCAGGCGCCGCUGGCGCCGCAGGCGCCGCUGGCGCCGCAGGCGCCCCUGGCGCCGCGGGCGUCGCGGAGGCGCGGGCGUCAGCGGCAGAGCCGCGUCCCGCUGCCGAGGCGACCUCGGCGGCCUCGGAUCGGUACGAUCGGGUGCUGCCCGCCGUGCCCGGCCGCGGGCGCGCCGCGCGCGCGGCGGCCCGGCGGAGGCGGCCUCAGGUCGCAGCGCCCGCGGCGUCGCCGCUCACGCUGACGCUGCCCGCCGUGCCGCCGCGGGGCGCCGGCGCCGCGGCCCCGGAGGCCCUGGCGCCGGUGGCCACGCGGGGCCUCCUGGGCGGCGCGGCGGCCUCGCACCCGGCGGCCGGAGCUGCUCAGGAGGGGGAGAACAGAGCCUGCCGCGGGUGGUCGACGACCGCGACGGCGUGGACCGGUGGGCGCCGCCGCCUCCGCCGGCGAGACCACCCGCCGAGCUGGACGCGGGCCUGCUGCAGGCGAGGCUGCGGGACAUGCAGCGGCACCACGCGAAGGAGCUCCGGGCACCACGGGCGAGCUUCGUCGCCCUCGGCGCCUCCGCGCUCAUGUGGGGCCGCCGCGGGCGCGGCCCGGCCGGCCGAGAGGCCAGCAGCGCCCGCAGCCGCGCGACGCCAGGCGCCAGCGCCGUGGCGCCCACCGGCCUCAUCUGCCGGCCAGGGUCGCGGCGGCGGCCGCCCGGUACCGAGCAUCCGGGGUACGAGUCCGUGCCGCAGCACCCGUGACGGUCCAGAGAGCCCCGCGCGCCCUCUCGCCGCCUCCUCUUCCGGGCAACCCUUGCCCUGCCCCCCCCAAGCUGCACCGAAUUGCCUCGCCGCCGCCCUGCUGGGCGCGCGCUGCGUCGAGCGCUGCCCCGGGCUGGGCCGGCGCUCACCCUAUGCGCAGAGGCCGGCCAGGGGCCACCUACAUGCACGUCUUCCAGGCGCGCGCCCACGGGGGCCCGGCGCCCGGGCCUCUCCUCGUGUGCCGACAUUGGGCGCCGCGUAGUGGGGGGGUUAAUCAUUGGGGGGCCACGCCCAACGACAGGGGGCGCGCGCGCGUCAGCCCCUCUUGCGCGUCCUGGUGGGAGGGCCCCUCGCUUCCUUGGGGGGCGCCCCUCCCCCUCCCUGCUGGUGUCUCGCGCGCCUCGUGCAGGGCAGGGGCGCGCUGGCCAUGGCCACUGCGCCGCGGCACCUAGUCGACGCCGAUCUUGGUCGCGGUCCACUCGGGCCGUCGCCGACUCGCGAGGGCGAUCCACGCCUGGACGAGGGCCAAGGUGGACGAUGGCCAGGAUCCACACCGUCGUUUCCGUGUUCACUCCUGGCCAUGGUCAUCGUUGUCCGGCCCCUCCAGACCGUCUGCGUCUCGUGCUCCUCCCCCCUCUCCCCUCACGCGCCAGCAUGAAUACGCCCUGCUUCAAAGGUUGCAGGAUCUGUGCCUGCCAGUCAUACGGACGGAGGGAGG